AUGUUUUUUAGCCUAGUUUUGUCUGAGGAACCCGUUGUCUCAACGAGCGCUGGUGUUGUGUCCGGUCAACGUAUUUUAAUCUCCGGGAAGAAAGUCGACGCAUUUUAUGGGGUUCCGUACGCAAAACCACCCGUUGGAGAACUUCGGUUCAUGAAGCCGCAACCGGCCGAGCCGUGGAACGGGACCUACAAGGCUACCACCAAACCCACUGCCUGUAAGCAACUGGACCUUCGUUUUCUCAAAGGUGUCACGCUCGACAACUCGGGCUCUACCGAGGACUGUCUUUACCUGAAUGUGUGGAGGCCAGCGAACAUUUGUCGUAAGGAAGCCAAGUGUGACAGGAAACUUCCUGUUGUUGUCUUCAUCUACGGAGGCGGCUUCCAGUGGGGCGAUUCUGCGCUCCUAGUGUACGACGCGGCAAAUUUUGUGGCUUUGUCGGAUGUUGUGUUCGUGAGCUUCAAUCAUCGACUCAGCUUGUUAGGCUUCCUUUCCGUUGGUACGCCAGACUUGCCCGGAAACGUCGGAUUUUGGGACCAGCUUCUUGCGCUAAAAUGGGUCCAGAAGAACAUUGCUAAUUUCGGCGGAAAUCCAAAUGAUGUCACCCUUGGCGGCCACAGCGCAGGCGCCAUCUCUGCUGGACUCCACGCUGCCUCGCCCUUCAGUAAGGGUCUCUUUCAUCGCAUAAUUAUGCAAAGUGCCUCCCCUUUAAGUUUAAUACUUGGCCUCACUUACAAAGGGGCAGGAAGGUUUCUUGACAUUGCGGGAAAACUGGACUGCUUCAACGCAGAAAAUGACUGGACAAAAGAAGUAACAAACAUUAUUGAGUGCAUGAAGAAACUUAACUCUUCAAUAAUUUUCCAAAAGCUAGAAGAGCAAGAUCCUGUCAAUCAGCUCUUUUCUCCUGUGUUCGGAGACGAAUUUUUGCCCGUAGACCCUCUAUCUGAAUCUGCCUGGAAACAAUUUCACGUAAAAGAAAUUUUCGCGGGGACAACGACAAAUGAAGGUACGCUCUUCGUGGACAACAUACGUUACGCUGCGCCGCAGUUAGAAACUAUACUCACAUUCGAUUAUCGACUUGGGGUUGCCUUUGCACUUUCACUAAUAUUUAAAAUGCCAUUAAAGGCUGGACACACCGUAGUAAGAGAGUACUUUGGAGCAGAUGAGAUUGAACAUGAUCCUCCCAGUAUAGUUCGGAUAUUUUCUGAAAUUGUGGGGGACGUGUUAAUAAACUGCCCCGUUGAUCUUUUUGAAGAAGUAACGACACGACAAGGAAUUCCGACGUACAGAUACGUUUUUGACCAUCGUCCGUCGUACAGCUUGUGGCCUGAGUCUUUUGGGGUGACACACUCUGACGAAAUCCCCUUUGCUUUGGGAUCACUGCCUUUCAUUGCGGACACAACUCGACACACGGCUCCUCUGGGACCCUUUGGAAGCAAAAUCCUCUCAGCGUUAAGAUACACGAAAGACGAACAAACCUUCAUGGAGCAGAUUGUAGGGGUCUGGUCGUCCUUCAUCAAAACAGGGUAG